UCCCCCACCACCCACAAGAGCACCUGGGUCCGCAGGGCGCAGCCAGCUCAGCCUCCGAGCUGCAGGCCAGUGUACAGUGAGGACUGGACAUGGGCCCGUUGGGGACCCAGGCAUGAUGUCGGCCCAGGAGCUGGUGGCCUGCCUCUGCCGGGAGGGGGAGCAGCACCUGGCACUGGGGGAACCACCCCUGGCCACCGCUUUCUACCUGGCUGCCUUCAGCUGCCACGCCCCCUCGGCCGUGCAGAGCGUGCGCACUGCCCUGGCCCAGGCUCGGGGGGCAACAGUGCUGGCCACCCUGGAGGCCUGGUGCCGCGGGGACAGCCAGAUCCCCGCCAUCCACUGGGACGGCAUGGCAGUGGUCUCCCUGACGGGGUCGCUGGCCUCCGCCUUCCUGGGCGCCCUCUGCCCGGACCACCCGGCCGCCGUCCUGCACCUGCUGGCCGGUCUGCUGGCCCGCGGGUGCCACGAGGAAGUGGCACAGCGCUGCAGCGCCCUGCUGGACUCUCACUCCCAGCAGGUCCUGGAGCUGCGGCUGACGCGCGCCCUGGCCUGGGUCCUGUCCGGGGCACGGGCUGGGGACGGCGUGGCCGCCUACCUCCAGGCUUUCGCCUCCAGCGCCGACAGGACAGUGGCUUUCAUUCGCACCCACCAGCAGCCCUACCUCCCUGCGCUGCUCAGCGCCCUCCAGGACUACCUGUCGGGACAUCUGGGGGCUGGGCACAGUGCCAGCCAGCAGGAGACCGGCGGCCAGCGACUCCUGGCAGCUCUGGACCCCAGGGGCACCCGGAGUGACACCCUGUCCCCUGAAGCUCUGCUCCACAGCGGCAGAUAUGAGGACUGCCUGGCAGCCUGCAGCCGGACCCUGGAAGCCCACCCCACCGGCAGCGGACCCCAAGGUGAGCGCCGGGCCGCCCUGCUGGUCACCCGCGCGGCCUCGGCCUUCUUCCUGGACGGCCGGGCCCAGGACGCACUUCGGGACCUGCAGGAGGCCUUCCGCGAAAGCCCUUCCGCGGCGCGCAGGCAGCUCCAGGCCGUGUUCUCCGCCCCGGACCAGGAGCGCGUCCGGGCUCAAGCGCAGGAGGCCGCAGACGUGGGCUUCGCCCGCUUCCAGGAAGCCGUGCGGAACCAUCCCGAGCUCCGCGAGGACGCGGGCCGGGAGCUGCUGGCCCCGGUGAUCGGCGCGCUCCGCGUCCUGCUACGCCUGGCGCCUGCCGGGGCGCGACCCGCGCUGGGAAUCCGCCUCGCUGAGUGCCUGCUGCUGGCGGGGGACGCGGUGAGGGCCCGGGCGCUGUGCGAGCGCCUACUGCGGCCUCGGCGCCCCGAGGACCCUGCUGGGGACCGUGCGGGGGACCGCGCGCCCCUCCUGGCCCUGCGCGGCUUCUGCGCGCUACACACCGGCGACACGCGGCGCGCCCUGGAGGACUUCCAGGCGGUGGUGGAGCAGGACGCGCCGCACCUGGGUGGCUGCGUGCGUGCACUGUGCGGCCGCGGGCUGCUGCGGGUGCUGGCGGGCAGUGCGUUCCUGGGCACGCUGGACUAUGUCACUGCCUGCAGGCUGCGGCCCGAGGACGCGCUGCUGGCCGCCAAGGCCUUGGUGCCCUGGAACCAGCGGGGGCUGCUGCUGGCCGUGCUGCGGGAGGAGGCGCGCGGCAUGCUGCAGCGGUCGCCGCGCCUCCGGCCGUCCAGGACGCAAGGUCGCCGCCAGAGGGAGGCCGUGGAGACCCGCGGCCCCGCCGCGCAGGAGGGGGAUGCCCGCGGCGUGCACCAGCUGGCCACACUGCUGAUGGAGCUGGAUGCAGAGGACGAGGCCUCUCGCCUCCUGGCGGCUGACGCUCUGUACCGCCUGGGCUGCCUGGAGGAGGCGCACAAGGUCCUGCUGGUGGCCCUUUCCCGGAGGCCCCGGGCGGCCCCCGUGCUGGCGCGGCUGGCCCUGCUGCAGCUGAGAAGGGGCUUCUUCUAUGACGCCAACCAGCUGGUAAAGAAGCUGGUCCAGUCCGGUGACACUGCCUGCCUCCAGCCCACCCUGGAUGUCUUCUGCCUCGAGGACCGGCAGCUGCUUCAAGGCCACUGCCACGCCAGGGCCCUGGCCAUCCUGCGGGCACGGCCAGUUGGGGCCGACGGCAGGGCCCACACCAGGGAAGCCAUCACCUACCUCUCUCUGGCCAUCUUUGCCGCAGGAAGCGAGGCAAAUGAGUCCCUCCUUGCCCGAGCCCGAUGCUAUGGGUUCCUGGGCCAGAAGAAGACAGCCAUGUUCGACUUCAACGCAGUGCUGCGGGCUGAGCCAGGGAACGUGCAGGGGCUGUGCGGACGGGCAUUGGUGCACCUGGCCCUGGACCAGCUGCAGGAAGCCCUGGACGACUUCCUGUCUGCUCUGAAGGUUGGCCCCGAGACAGUGGUCCCCGAGCUCCGCUCUCUGAAGCCAGAAGCCCGGGCCCUCAUCACGCAGGGCCUCUACUCCCGCUGCCAGGCUCUUCUGAGCCAGCUGCUGGACCCUGGGGCCCCUCUCGAGGACAAGGACUCCCAAGACCUUCUUGCUGUGGCGGAGGCGCUGAUCAGAAUCGAUGCACAGCAGCCGCACUGGCACCUCCUCCUCGCAGACGUUCUCACGGCACGGGGCAGGUACGAGGAGGCUGGCACCCACCUGCAAAACACCCUGCACUCUGCCCCAGCGUCAGAGGCAGCCCGGGCCCGGCUGGGUCUGCUCCGGCUCAAGAAGGGAGACGUGCCAGGGGCUGCACGGGACCUGCAGGGCCUGGCCGAGGCAGAUGCCUCAGACCUCAGCUGCCUGCUGCGUCUCCUGGAGGCCUCGGAGCUGCAGAGCCUUGCCCAGGCCGCAGCCCAGGAAGCUGCCACCCUCCUGGACACAGGGCAACCCGAGCAGGCACUGGGCUACUGCUCACUGUCUGUCCUGGCUGGUGGCGGCAGUGCGUGUCACCUGCGUCUGCGGGCCACCUGCCUGGCCGAGCUGCAGGAGUUUGACCGGGCCCUCAGGGACCUGGACCAUGUGCUACAGGAGGCUGCGGCGGACAGUGACCUCCCAAGGCGGGCAGAGGACUUCUGCUGUCAGGGCCGCCUGCUGCUCAGCCUGGGGGAUGAGGCGGGGGCCGCAGGGGCCUUUGCCCAGGCCCUGAAGUUGGCUCCCACCUUGGCCCAGAACAGCCUGUGUGAGCGGCCAGGCCGGGGUCCCACUGCACACAUGUUCCUCCUCCUUGGCCAGUGCUGCCUGGAGGGGCAGCGUCACGCGGAGGCCUGGACAGCGGCUGAGAGCGGCCUCCUGGUGGACCCCAGCCACCGCGGCCUGAAGAGGCUGAAGGCAAGAAUCCGGAGGGAGGCAUCCUCAGGCUGUUGGCUCCAGUGACAGGGCUCGACCGUCUCCCAGCCCUGAUCACGGGGCCACCCUAGGACUUGCACCCAAUGUCCAGGCCCUGGAGUGCACCCAGCUCCCCAAAUUGGGGAGGUACACCCCUGCCCUCCCCACAACCCCUUCCUGGCCCUCUCCCAUCCCUCUUCCCAGCCCUCCCCACUGCAGGGUCUAGCCCGGCAGGGUCUCGUGGGUGUUCUUUUGUGUGUGGAGAAGACAGAUCAUGGAAAAGAAAGACACAAGACACAGAGAUAAUUCAGCUGGGCCGGGGGUCCACUGCUACCAAGGCGCGGAGUCCAUCAGUGGCCCCAAUGCCUGGACAUGCUGGUAUUUAUUGUAUACAAGGCAGGGGGCAGGGUUGGAGAGUGACUCAUCUGACAUGAUUGGUAGGGGCCAGGCAAAUCACAUACUGAUAAUACAGGGGGGCCACGUGGGUACAGUUCAGGGGGCCCCUCCCUCUCAGGCAGCCACUGCAAGGAGGGGAGGCAUAUACGUCAGUAUCUUUCAUUGCACUUAUCAGAGAGAUCAAAGGCUUUUAGGAUUCCUCUACUCUUACUUCUAAGAAUUUACAAGGGAGCAUCGGGUGGGAAAGUGGAACGUGUAAGUGGACGAGGAUGGUGACCAUCGGAGCACAGCACCACGGAGAGGUGUCUAAGCCCCCGGA